AUGAUAGUCAUUUCAGAAAAUACUGAUGAAGUCCUUGAAACCGGAGAAUGGACUGACUGGUCGCAGUGUUCACAGCAAGGUUUCGAAGCACGCUCUAGAGCUUGCGAAUAUGGUAGGAAGAUUCAGCGACGUGGCUGUCCUGCACGACAACCUCUACAAGGAUUUGUCGACCGCAGCAGCCCUCCUGAAGCUGCGCCUUUCCAAUAUGCUCCUCGCCAACCUUCUUCUCCUGCAACAGCAUUUACUCCUUACGCCGAACCUAGAGAAGAACCGAAUCACAGUCAAAAUAGGCUGACACAAUCACCUUAUGACCAAUACGCACUC